AUGGAACAGCCCGAGGACAUGGCGUCGCUGAGCGAGUUCGACUCCUUGGCGGGCAGCAUCCCGGCCACCAAGGUGGAGAUCACCGUGUCCUGCAGGAACCUUCUGGACAAAGACAUGUUCUCCAAGUCUGACCCACUAUGCGUCAUGUAUACUCAAGGGAUGGAGAACAAGCAGUGGCGGGAGUUUGGACGCACUGAAGUCAUCGAUAACACACUCAAUCCCGACUUUGUGCGCAAGUUCAUCGUGGAUUACUUCUUCGAGGAGAAGCAGAACCUCCGUUUUGACCUGUAUGAUGUUGACUCCAAGAGUCCUGAUUUAUCCAAACAUGAUUUCCUGGGCCAGGCUUUCUGCACCCUUGGAGAGAUUGUGGGGUCCCCUGGGAGCCGCCUGGAGAAGUCCCUCACAAUAGGAGCGUUCAGCCUGAAUUCCAGGACAGGCAAGCCCAUGCCGGCUGUGUCCAACGGAAGUGGUCUCUGGACGGAAAGUUUGAGAACCACUGGUCUGGAAGCCUCUGGCGGUGUCCCAGGGAAGAAAUGUGGCACCAUCAUCCUGUCUGCUGAGGAGCUCAGCAACUGCAGGGACGUCGCCACAAUGCAGUUCUGUGCCAACAAACUGGACAAGAAGGAUUUCUUUGGGAAGUCUGACCCCUUCUUGGUGUUCUACAGAAGCAACGAGGAUGGAACGUUCACCAUCUGCCACAAGACGGAGGUCGUGAAGAACACCCUAAACCCAGUCUGGCAAACUUUCUCCAUUCCUGUGAGAGCCCUCUGCAACGGGGACUAUGAUCGGACCAUCAAGGUGGAGGUGUACGACUGGGAUCGAGACGGCAGCCACGACUUCAUUGGGGAGUUCACCACCAGCUACCGGGAGCUGGCCCGUGGGCAGAGCCAGUUCAACAUCUAUGAGGUGGUAAACCCAAAAAAGAAAAUGAAGAAAAAGAAAUAUGUGAAUUCGGGCACAGUCACGCUGCUUUCCUUUGCUGUGGAGUCCGAGUGCACAUUUCUCGACUACAUCAAAGGAGGGACCCAGAUCAACUUCACAGUGGCCAUUGAUUUCACAGCCUCCAAUGGUGACCCCUCGCAGUCCACAUCGCUGCACUACAUGAGCCCCUACCAGCUGAACGCCUACGCACUGGCGCUGACCGCCGUCGGGGAGAUCAUCCAGCACUAUGACAGCGACAAGAUGUUCCCCGCCCUCGGCUUCGGGGCCAAGCUGCCCCCAGACGGCAGGGUGUCCCACGAGUUCCCGCUGAAUGGCAACCAGGAGAACCCCUCGUGCUGCGGCAUUGACGGCAUCCUAGAGGCCUACCACCACAGCCUGCGCACGGUGCAGCUCUACGGCCCCACCAACUUCGCCCCCGUGGUCACCCACGUGGCCAGGAAUGCGGCCGCAGUGCAGGACGGCUCCCAGUACUCGGUGCUGCUCAUCAUCACAGACGGGGUCAUCUCAGACAUGGCGCAGACCAAGGAGGCGAUCGUCAACGCCGCCAAGCUCCCCAUGUCCAUCAUCAUCAUCGGCGUGGGCCAGGCAGAGUUCGACGCCAUGGUGGAGCUAGAUGGCGAUGAUGUGAGGAUCUCCUCCCGGGGAAAGCUGGCCGAGCGGGACAUUGUCCAGUUCGUGCCCUUCAGGGACUACGUGGACCGCACGGGCAAUCACGUGCUGAGCAUGGCGCGCCUGGCCCGUGACGUGCUGGCCGAGAUCCCCGACCAGCUGGUGUCCUACAUGAAGGCACAGGGCAUCCGCCCGCGUUCCCCGCCCACGGCCACGGCUCGCUCUCCCCCACAGUCCCCGGCCCGCACACCCCCAGCUUCCCCGCUGCACACACACAUCUGA